CGCCAGGGACAGCUGGAGUUUGCAGAGCGCUGCCACUGGGGGCGGACGGCAGAGCCCGCUCCGCGCGAUGCCGGGCCGCCGAGUGUGAGCCAAGCCCGGAGGGCCCCGAACCACCUACGCCCCCCUCCCCUCUCCCAAUCCCCCAUCUUUUGGGGGCGCCCAAAACCCCUUUUCUGAGGUUGGCGACAGCCCCUGAAGACGCCCAUCGCGCACCGCUCCUUCCCCGCCGCCGCCACCAACCCCGAGGAGGGAUGACCCUCUCCGGCGGCGGCAGCGCCAGCGACAUGUCCGGCCAGACGGUGCUGACGGCCGAGGACGUGGAUAUCGAUGUGGUGGGCGAGGGCGAUGACGGGCUGGAGGAGAAGGACAGCGACGCGGGCUGCGAUAGCCCCGCGGGGCCGCCCGAGCUGCGCCUGGACGAGGCGGACGAGGUGACGCUGGCGGCCCCCCACCAUGGGCAGCCUCAGCCGCCGCACCAGCAGCCCCUGGCACUGCCCAAGGAGGCCGCUGGAGCCGGGGCCGGGCCAGGGGGCGAGGCGGGCGCGUCCGAGGCCGACGGCUGCAAGGGCGGCGUUGGCGGCGAGGAGAGCGGCGGGAGCGGUGGCGGGCCUGGCUCGGGCAGCGGUGCGGCGGGAGGCCUGGCUCCGAACAAGCCCAAGAACAGCCUGGUGAAGCCGCCCUACUCGUACAUCGCGCUCAUCACUAUGGCUAUCCUGCAGAGCCCGCAGAAGAAGCUGACCCUGAGUGGCAUCUGCGAGUUCAUCAGCAACCGCUUCCCCUACUACCGGGAGAAGUUCCCCGCCUGGCAGAACAGCAUCCGCCACAAUCUCUCGCUCAACGACUGCUUCGUCAAGAUCCCCCGUGAACCGGGCAACCCGGGGAAGGGCAACUACUGGACCCUGGACCCCCAGUCCGAGGACAUGUUCGACAACGGCAGCUUCCUGCGGCGCCGGAAACGCUUCAAGCGCCACCAGCAGGAGCACCUGCGUGAGCAGACGGCGCUCAUGAUGCAGAGCUUCGGCGCCUACAGCCUGGCGGCGGCGGCCGGCGCCGCGGGGCCCUACGGUCGCCCCUACGGCCUGCACCCUGCAGCCGCGGCCGGCGCCUACUCGCACCCUGCUGCUGCGGCAGCCGCGGCGGCGGCCGCGGCGCUCCAGUACCCGUACGCUCUGCCGCCGGUGGCACCCGUGCUGCCGCCCGCCGUGCCGCUACUGCCCUCGGGCGAGUUGGGCCGCAAAGCGGCCGCGUUCGGCUCGCAGCUCGGCCCGGGCCUGCAGCUGCAGCUCAACAGUUUGGGUGCCGCCGCGGCCGCCGCGGGCACGGCGGGCGCCGCUGGCACCACGGCGUCGCUCAUUAAGUCCGAGCCGAGUGCGCGACCGUCGUUCAGCAUCGAGAACAUCAUCGGUGGGGGCCCCGCGGCGCCCGGGGGCUCGGCUGGGGGCGCUGGGGUAACUGGGGGUAGCGGGGGCGGCGGUGCGGCGCAGUCCUUUCUGCGGCCGCCCGGGACCGUGCAGUCAGCAGCGCUCAUAGCCACGCAUCAGCCUCUCUCGCUGAGUCGGACGACGGCGACCAUCGCGCCCAUCCUGAGCGUGCCGCUCUCUGGACAGUUUCUGCAGCCUGCAGCCUCGGCCGCCGCCGCUGCCGCCGCCGCAGCGCAGGCCAAGUGGCCCGCUCAAUAGGGACGUGCCGGUGGCCGGGAUGCUGGGCCCGGCGGCGGCCUCGAGCGUCGGCUGCAUUUGCAAGCUGCGCGCCCCGCCCCGCUCCUGGCCCCCCUGCCCAAUCCUGGACUUUGCCUCUCUUCCAUUUCCUCCCUCCAACCCGUCGAAACCGACUUUCGGCGGCCUCCACCCGGUCCUGCAUACCUAGGCUGGCGGAGCAAACUCUCACCGCGCACCCGCGGGGAAUAGCUUUCCGUACAGGUAAAACCGAAAACCGACUUUCCGAAAAUGUACCCCGACGGCGCCUGUUCUCAGUACCUUGGGGAUGGGAGGGAAAUUCUUUGUAUAUAUUUGUAUAAAAAUUAUUGACUUUCCUUUUGGGGUUUUUAUUUUUUUAAGAAAAAAACAAAUUCAGUAGAUUUAGAGCUCUGAACUUUCAUUUUUUCUGAAGGUUCACUCUCCGCAGUUUUAUGUGAGAAAAAAAUGUAUAGAGAUGUUGGGAGAUUUUAAAUAUUAAAAAAUUUUCACAAGGCGAAAAGUGUCAUUCUAUUAUAAAAGUCUGUUUAUAUAUGAAUGAAUAUAUAUGGUAUUCUAAAUGUUAUUCCAUCGUGUUGUAC